UGUGACCUGAUAAACCGCUGGAAGCUGCGGAAGGAUUGUUACUUUAACUCUUCUCCACUCCUCUUUCUCCUCCUCCUCCUCCUCCUCCUCCUCCUCCUCUUCCUCUCUCUCUUUGUCUCCAUGCGGUUCUCCCUCCCGCACCGACACAAACACCGGGCCUUCCUGUAGCCUCCGCCCCGGUCUCCCUGUCCCUCCGGCCGGCGGAGCUUCCCAGCUGAGCCCCGCUGAGGUGGCCUGGUUCCCGGCGAGAGAUGCUGUAGAGCAGCCGGCGGAGGAGAUGCUUCUUCCGGACUGAAGAGAGCAGAAAGCAGCGGAGGGAAAGCAGGAAGAUGUCCGGCAGGAUGCCUCUGACCCCGGUGAGCGAGUCCGAACAGGCACCGCCAAAGUGUUCAGACAGGCUCCCCGAGCCACCGGCUCCGCCCACCAAAUCCUCGAGCCGCCACAGUCUGCCGCCAUGUCGCAGCUCUGUGGCCUCCCUCACCGACGAACAGCCGCACGUCGGCAACUACCGCCUGAUGAAGACCAUCGGCAAGGGCAACUUCGCCAAAGUCAAACUGGCCCGACACACACUGACGGGCCGAGAGGUCGCCAUCAAGAUCAUCGACAAGACGCAGCUGAAUCCGACCAGUCUGCAGAAGCUCUUCAGGGAAGUCAGUGUGAUGAAGAUCCUCAACCACCCCAACAUCGUGAAGCUGUUUGAGGUUAUUGAGACGGAGAAAACUCUGUACCUGGUGAUGGAGUACGCCAGCGGAGGUGAGGUCUUUGACUACUUGGUCGCUCAUGGACGGAUGAAGGAGAAGGAGGCCAGAGCCAAGUUCCGCCAGAUCGUGUCAGCUGUGGAGUACUGUCACCAGAAGAGGAUUGUACACAGAGACCUCAAGGCAGAGAACCUCCUGCUGGACGCCGACAUGAACAUUAAAAUCGCCGACUUCGGCUUCAGUAACGAGUUCACGAUGGGCAGCAAGUUGGACACGUUCUGCGGCUCCCCUCCUUACGCGGCUCCUGAACUCUUCCAGGGGAAGAAGUAUGAUGGGCCGGAGGUGGACGUCUGGAGUCUGGGAGUGAUUCUCUACACGCUGGUCAGCGGCUCGCUGCCCUUCGACGGACAGAACCUCAAGGAGCUGAGGGAGCGUGUUCUCAGAGGAAAAUACCGGAUUCCCUUCUACAUGUCGACUGACUGUGAAAACCUGCUGAAGAAGCUGCUGGUCCUGAACCCCGGGAAGCGAGGCAGCCUUCAGCAAGUCAUGAAGGAUCGAUGGAUGAAUGUCGGCUACGAGAGCGAGGAUCUGAAACCGUUCACAGAACCAGAGCAGGACUUCAGCGACCUCGAACGCAUCGAGCUGUUGGGGACGAUGGGAUUCCCUCAGGAGGAAGUGAUGAAGGCGCUGGACGGUCAGAAAUACAACGAGGCGAUGGCGACGUACCUGCUGCUGGGGAAGAAACCCGCUGAGUUUGAAGGCACAGAGUCUUUGUCCAGCGGUAACCUGGUUCCAAGGUCGCGACCCUGCAGCGACCUCAACGGCUCCAGUCAGUCCCCCGCCCACUCUCGCAACGUACCGACCAAUCAGAAGCAGCGGCGUUUCAGCGACCACGUGGCGCCUUCCAUCCCCCCGCCUGUCUCCUACACCAAGCGUUCCCACGCCAACAGCGUAGAGAGCGACAGAAGGGAAGAUCCCGCCUCACCCGUGGGAGCUCCGGACCGCAGGAAGUCAGCCACAGCCUCAGGGAGCAUGACUCGCAGGAACACGUAUGUUUAUGAGAGGACGAGCGCUGACCGCCACUCCGCCGCCAUCCCCAACGGGAAAGACAGCAGUCUACCUGAGGUACCUGCAGCGUCCCCCUCCCCGUCACCAGGGGGAGCCGUCUCCUCCACACGCCCCCGUCAUGUCAAGUCCAUGUCAGCGUCAGGACAUCCCAUGAAGUCCAGCCUGCCCCCCAUCGACGACAACGCGGAGUAUCAGAGCUCCCCCCACCAGCCCCCCUCCUCGCCGUCAGCCUUCAGUGUCACCAGCAGCAGCAGCAGCACCACGCCGGACCGGACCCGCUUCCCCCGCGGCUCCUCCAGCCGCUCCACCUUCCAUGGCGCUCAGCUCAGAGACCGACGACCCGCCACGUACAACGGGCCCCCGGCCUCGCCCAGCCUGUCGCAGCACGCUGCCGCGUCCCUGGCCACACCUCACCGUGGCACCUCCACCUCCCUCAUCGGGAAGAUCACCUCCAAGUUUGUACGCAGGAGUUUAUCAGGUGAACCCAAAGAGGAGGUGCGGGACUCCAAGCCUCGCUCGCUGCGGUUCACCUGGAGCAUGAAGACCACGUCCUCCAUGGAGCCGGGCGACAUGAUGAAGGAGAUCCGGCGGGUUCUGGACGCCAACAACUGUGACUAUGAGCAGCGCGAGCGCUACAUGCUGUUCUGCGUGCAUGGCGACGCCCGGCAGGACAGCCUGGUCCAGUGGGAGAUGGAGGUGUGCAAACUGCCCCGCCUCUCACUGAACGGCGUGCGGUUUAAACGGAUCUCGGGCACGUCCAUCGCCUUCAAAAACAUCGCCUCCAAAGUGGCCAAUGAGCUCAGGCUGUGAGCGAAUCACAUGAUCCUGAAACACUGACGAGGAGGACGUCUCUGCACCUCCUCUUCAAAGGACGACGCCCCGUCACGUGGCGGCGGCCGUCUUGUGUUCAGCACUAUUCCAGGAUAACUGCUGUAUGACUCAGAGAAACUUCACCUUAUUAUACUCCACACGGUUACUAUUUAAUGUUAUCACUAAAUGUUGACGCCAGUGAAACCAAAUAUGAAAUCAAGUGGCGGCGCAGACAUCCAGCAGGUCGUGGUUCGUCCCUCGGUGUUCGGUCGGUUUAUCGCUGCGUUUACAUGCACUAAAGAAAUCUGAUCCUCCCAAAACCUUGGAGACUGAGUCCUGACCAUCACGUAAAGUGGAAACUCUGUCAGGUCAAAGGGAUUAAAGCUGAUCCACACAGGUAGAUUUCUACUGGAGGAACCUGCGAGCGAGCAAAGAGCCAGGACAGGAAGGAGUAUUCAGGAGGAGACGGAUCAGACUGCAUGUAAUCUGAAGUGUUAGAGUUAUUAUAAUGUUGCUGAGCAUGUCAACGCGUUAUCCAGUUUCUUGCCUUAACCUGAUCUCUUGACAGUGACCUGGUUCCUGGAGUGCAGGUGAAUCAUUACCUCUGCUCUACCUGUGCAACUCUGCUGGCAUGUGAAGUACAGGAAAGUAGAACAGCUGGCUACAGAUGCAGUGAAGGUCGAAAACACUCAGUAUUCAUCAUGACCCUGUUGUGAGCAGACAAAUUAAUUAAAGGAGAGCGUCGGUGAGUUUUAUGGACGUGGACGAAACCAAGUUACAAACACCCUCGCUAUCAGUUUUUUCUUCGCUCACCAAGUAAUCACUGUUUAGCUUUGUUAAAAUCAUGAAGGUUUCAAAUUCUUAUUGUAGCUGCUGCAGUGAAGCCGAUUUGUCUUAGAACAUGGAAAAUAAACGCUUCAUUUCCUCUUAAAGACCAAUGAAAGAAAAGCUGAGUGAGAGAUUAGCUAGCGAACGUGUUUAUGUCAUGACUCUCUGUUGCGGCGAUGGCGCAAUUGCAUAUAAAGUCAAUGCUAAUGCUGCAUUCACGUGCUCCUCGGAAGGUCCCGUUUUCUGAGUUGGGAAGUCGUUCUUCCAACAUCGGUGCGUUCACGGUUUUGUUUAAGUCAAAUUGUGGAAACAACAUGGCUGUUACGAAGAUAUGCAGUGUCUUAUUGGUCAGAGCGUUAAACAACAGGUUGCUAGCUUACUGCUAACGAAUAAUGUUUCUAACUGAUCCAGGUUCUAUGUGGACAGCAACUAACAGUUACAACCUAAUAACAUAUUAUAAUUUAAAUGUUAGUGAAAUAAUGCACGAGAUGCAAAAUGUGAAUUUGCACCAUUAAUCAAACGUUUCUCACCAUCAACCAAACAUUUACUUUCGUCUGCCAUGUUUCUGCAUAAAUGACAUCAACAACUUUUCGUUUCGCGCGAUAGACGGUGAGUGAAGGGAUUGAAAACGGUCAGUUUGAGCUGUAGCACAAACAAGACACAGGGUUGCCAGACGUCCUGGUUUUCCUGGGUUUGUUCUGUUUUUGAAACGACUGUCCCGGAAAAUUGAUAUUCUUUCCUGGGAUACAAAUUGUCUCAGCUUUUGUGAAAAUGCAUGUAAAAAAAAAAAAAAAAAAACUCAUUUAUUUCCCUAUAACGCUAUUCUGCUUUCUUCCUGGUUAUGUCCAACCCCGUGUUAGGGGGUACACAAGUGGCAGCAAGGGUGUUAGUAAAAAAAGAAAAAACUUUGGCAUGGCCCAAUGGACAAGUGGUUAGGGUGCACACUUUAGCUCUGAGCCGCCGAUCCUGGGUUUGACUCCCGACCGGCUCUUUACUGCAUAUCUCAAAAUAAAACUUCAGUUUUUGAAAUGGGGGAGAGAUGGAUGAGAAGGACGUAGAAACAAAACCAGGGGAAAAUUUGAAUCAUCGCCUCGUGGUUGUAUCCCUCCGCCACUCAGACUAGUUCCAGGUUACAUCCCUGUUUAUCCAGAGUCACAUGAAAUAUGCCGUGAAGUCCUGAGUUACACCUAGAAAGUGUUUUGUGAGGUCACACUGACCUUGAACUGAAAUUCCCUCGAGGCGUUGCCGGAGAUAUCACGUUCACAAGGCUAAAACUGAAUUUUGUGAGGUCACUGUUACCUUUGACCUUUCACCUUUC